GGCCGCAACUGGCGUACAGUAACGCAAAUAGCGUAGUGGUGGAGGUGGGACGGCACAGACGGUCAUGGCGUCGGAAAGUGGACUCGCUUCUCUGGGGGCAGAUGGGGCCAUGGCUGCGGCGCACGCGCUCUCCCUGCCGGCGGAAGCGUAUGGAAAUGACCCUCAGCUGGAGAUGAUGUGGGCAAUGAAAGCCUACCAGCACGCUGAGAUUUACUUCAAUCUGAUCUCUUCGGUGGAUCCAAAGUUUCUGAAACUGACGAAAGCUGAUGAUAAGAUCUAUACAGCUUUCAGAGAGAGCUUCCCUGACCUCAGAAUCCAGGUCCUGGAUCCAGAGGAUCUGAAAUCAGCAGAGGCAAAGGAGAAAUGGAGGCCAUUCUGCAAUCAGUUUGAAGGUAUUGUGGAGGACUUCAACUACGGGACACUGCUACGGCUGGACUGCGAGAAGGACUACACAGAGGAAAACACACUAUUCGCCACCAGGAUUCAGUUUUUUGCCAUCGAGAUUGCCAGGAACAGAGAGGGAUACAACAGCAUCAUCUUCAGUGCCAACAGACAUUCCAUGAGGGAUGUGCAGAGCUAAUGACCAUGAUGUCUGUUCACAGGACCUCUGUGCAUAUGGCACUCUUUUGGACAUUACCUUUGCACCACAGCACAUCUGUUUAGGAUCUGGGGGAAGUUCUUUACACUUGAGUUUUAUUAUGGUAACAGUUCUAAUGCCAUUUCACCCCCCAUUCCCCCCCCAUGGGAGUGGUAUAGUUAAUAUGGAC